CUUUGCGACGUGAACAGUCACACCAGACAAGAUGUCACAAACUAUAAAGAAUAUUUCAGUUACUUAUGAUGCCAUAAAUCCCAGUAACACGUUCACCAACGGAGAUAUACUACAUGGACGAGUUACCGUAGAACUUGCAAAGGACGCUAAGAUAGACACGCUUUUCAUUAAAUUCAAAGGCAAAGCGAAUGUACGUUGGAGCGAGCGUCAUGGGAAAACAACUGUCGUAUACCAUGACAAGGAGAAAUAUUUCAAAUCCGAGCAAUUCUUCAUAAGGGAACAGAAAGACAACGGCAAGUUUUAUGACUUUGGCGCGGUUCUUUUGAAAAAUGAGGCUGGACAGCCCUAUUGUGAUGUUGUUGCCCCUGGAACUCACGUAUACCCAUUCACCUUUCAGCUCCCACAGCAGAAUCUACCGGCAUCUUUUAAAGGUGCAUGGGGAUAUGUUAGCUACUUCUUGGAGGUAAAACUGAGCAGGUCAAUGCGACUCUCGAGCAAAGCCACAGCAGAGAUCCGCUAUAUUCCAAAGCCAGACAUGACAAUUCCAAACCUCAUGACUCCUCAGUAUGGCACGAAAGAGAAGGGGAUGAAAGUGUUUACCUCUGGGAAUGUUUCAUUCACUAUCCACACGGAGAGAAUGGGCUACUACUUGGGAGAAGGAAUUAAGGUUGUGGCCGAAGUUCAGAACAACUCGUCUCGUGCCCUCAAACCCAAGUACUGCCUUUACGCGAAGCACAGUUUCUUUGCAAGACACAAAAGGAGGUUACGCACUAACGAGAUAAUCAAAGAGGAAGGAGAGCCCAUCGCACCGUCCACAAAUCAAACCAUAACCAAGGUCCUCACCAUGCCAGCAAGCCUUGACUUGUCCAUCCUUAACUGUAGGAUCCUGAAGGUGGAGUACAGACUCAAGUUCUACCUCGAUGUUCCAUAUGCUUCGGACCCAGAGAUCAAGUUUCCUAUUGUCAUUCUCCCGCUUACACCAGCCAUACAACAGGCGGCUCCAUCAGCAUCGGCGAUUGGGUUUGAUGGUUACUGGAACCCUGGUGAAGCAGGAUGGAACAGCACCCCAUACACGGCUCCUCCUCCUCCAGCCUAUGAGUCCUAUGCAUUGUAUCCUCCGUUACCUAAUUAUCCUGGGAAAUCUUGAUUCAUUGAUUGUAGUGUUAUUAUUACUAAUCACCAAUCACCAGGUUGCAAAUGAGACUGAAAAGGAUGUUCUGUAUAUUUGUCCUACAUUGAUUCUAAUGAUAAUCCUGUCUGGAGCACAGAGCGAAAUGUAUACAUAUCUAUAUUUAUUUGUGAAUGAGAAGUGCCAACACAGUUUGAAUUAGUCAGUAAAAGCAAUGAAAAAGAUAUUUCUGACGUGAUGAUGGAUUCAUGUUUUUUGGGGAAAGUAGUGUGUAUCUCAAACCCUACCAAUUUUAUUUAAGUGUAGUCAAUAUACAUGUUCUGUAUGCUGAGUCUUCCUGUAUUACUCAAGACACUCACAAAUACUUUUUUUCUCCAAAUAAUCUUCCAUAACACAUCUUUGCCUUUCUGUUGGCGAGCAUCUGUUCACCAUCCUUGUUAUUUUUGAAACCACACACUUGUAUCAUUCCACAGUGACAUAUUUGUCAUUCCCCACAAACCUACGCCAAUACCCCCUAUUUUUUUGUUUGUUGUUACUUUGUAAAGGUUGCCACCUACUGGUUGAUAUGAAUUCUGAAUCCUGGCACCAUAAAUAACCAAACUUCCUCAUGACUGUGAUGUUGUGGGUUACAGCAUGCUCAUUGGGUCCCAGAGUAAAACUGAAAUCCGCUCUCUGGAGGCCCAACUGGACACAUUUCAGUUAGAAGUGGCAUAAGAUAAAAAAGCUCAAAGGAGAACCAUGACUCACCAACUUUGAUAUCUGUUGCAAACACACACUCCACCAAGGUAGACAAAGGAGUAAACUGUCAACCUCAUACGACAGUCACGUUCUACUCUACAGAUAACCCUGAUGUAA